AUGAGCGACAGUGACGAUAGUGAUUUCUUUAUCGAUGACUCUCCCAAAAAGAAGCAACGCAACCCCACCAAAACCAGCAGGGGGAAGAAAGGCUCCAGCAAAACCAAAAGGAGCCUAAGGAGGCCGAAGGAGCAUAAAGAAAAGAAAGAGAAGAUAGCUGAUAUAUCAAUGACGAUGACAGAAGAGGAUAGGAAUGUGUUCACGAAUAUCGACCAAGCUUCCAACAAAGGGAAGAAAUUGGCUAUUGAGGAUAUUUAUCAGAAGAAAUCGCAACUCGAACACAUCUUGCUUCGUCCUGAUACCUACAUCGGAUCUGGAAUAUACAGAGAAGACAGACUGUACAAAAUUUUUGAUGAAAUUCUUGUAAAUGCUGCCGAUAACAAACAAAAGAGAUCCAAAAUGAACGCAUCAAGAUCCACAUCGGACAUUUCUAUUUUCAAUAACGGCAAAGGAAUACCCGUUGUGCACCACAAGGUGGAGAAUAUGUACGUACCAGAAAUGAUCUUCGGAACACUGCUGACGUCUUCGAAUUACGACGACAGUGAGAGAAAAGUUACUGGUGGUCGUAAUGGAUACGGAGCCAAGCUUUGCAACAUAUUCUCAACUGAAUUUACUCUUGAAACCUCAUCAAAAGAGUACGGGAAAGCCUUCAAGCAGACAUGGAUCAACAACAUCGACCAAAGACAAAGAGCCUCAGAUAUUACAUUCAAACCGGACUUGAAAAAGUUCAAAAUGUCGGAACUGGACGACGAUAUCAUCGGUUUGAUGUCUCGUCGUGCUUACGAUAUUGCUGGUAGUACUAAAGGCGUAAAAGUGUUUCUCAAUGGGAAGGCCUUACCGCAAUACACAAAGGAUAUCACUGGCCCUACAGGCGAGCCAGCGAAAGUUGUUUAUGAAGCGGUGCAGCGAACGGGUGGGAGUAGCUCUGACUGUUUUUCUGAAAAAGGAUUCCUAACAAGUAUCGUUUGUCAACAGUAUCGCAACCAACAAAGGGUGGCCGCGCUGUUUGACUACGUAGGCGGAUCCAGAUGGUCUUCGAAAAUUAAUCGAGUGUCAUCAAAAAAGAAAGUUGGCAAGAGCACAGUGAACGUCAAGCCAUUCCAAGUUAAAAAUCACAUGUGGGUGUUUGUGAACUGCUUGAUCGAGAAUCCUACUUUUGACUCGCAAUACAAAGGAGACUAUGACUCUACAGGCGAAGUCGUUUGGUUCGAAGCAAUAAGCUGUGGUGUCGUGGACGCUUGGCUGCUGGGUAAGGGUAUCCCCAAAUUGGAAGAUGCUAACGACGCUGGUACCAAGAAUUCUCAGCUCUGUACUCUGAUCCUUACUGAGGGAGAUUCAGCCAAAACGUUGGCUGUCUCGGGUCUCGGUGUGGUUGGCCGUGAUCGCUACGGAGUAUUUCCCCUUCGUGGUAAACUGCUUAACGUUCGUGAAGGAAACAUCAAACAGGUGGCGGAAAAUGUGGAGAUCAAUGCGCUGAUCAAAAUACUUGGCCUGCAGUACAAGAAGAAAUAUGAAACUGAAGAAGACUUCAAGUCACUGCGUUAUGGAAAAGUGAUGGUGAUGGCUGAUCAGGAUCAAGACGGUUCUCACAUCAAAGGACUGGUGAUCAACUUCAUCCACCACAACUGGCCAAGCCUUAUUCAACGGAAUUUUGCAUCGAAGGGAAAAGAGGAACUUUCGUUCUUCUCAAUACCUGAAUACAAUGAGUGGAGAAAUAAUACUGAAAACUGGAAAUCGUAUAAGAUCAAGUACUACAAAGGAUUGGGUACUUCGACCUCAAAAGAGGCGAAGGAAUACUUUUCUGAUAUGGUUCGUCAUCGCAUCAAGUUCAAAUAUGGUGGAGUCGAAGACGAUAAUGCUGACUGGCUGACCAAGUGGAUGGCAGAAAAGAAGGAACGGCGCGCGAGAGGAUUAGAAGAAGAGUACCUUUAUAAUAAGGACACUCGUGCGGUUACCUUCAGUGACUUCGUUAAUAAGGAAUUGGUUCUUUUCUCAAAUACUGACAAUGAGCGGUCAAUUCCCAGUCUGGUUGAUGGAUUCAAACCUGGUCAACGAAAGGUGAUGUUCGCUUGCUUCAAGCGUGCCGAUAAGCGCGAGGUGAAAGUAGCACAGUUAGCUGGUGCAGAUUUUGUUGGCUCGAACAACAUUAACCUUUUGCUGCCCAUCGGUCAGUUUGGCACACGUCUCCAAGGAGGAAAAGACAGCGCAUCUCCUCGUUACAUCUUUACUCAGCUCAACCCUGUGUCUCGAACGAUUUUCCCUGUGGUUGACGACCAUGUGCUGCGAUUCUUGUUUGAAGAAAAUCAACGUAUUGAGCCGGAGUGGUACUGCCCGAUCAUACCACUUGUACUUGUCAAUGGAGCAUCAGGUAUUGGUACCGGUUGGUCAACAUCCAUUCCAAACUACAACCCACGAGAGAUAUGUGAGAACAUGCGCAUGCUCAUUCGUGGACAACAGCCGAAGCCAUUGGCUCCGUGGUUCAAACACUUCCGUGGCACUAUUGAACAAUUGGAUUCGUCCCGAUAUGUGUGCUCUGGUGAGGUCGCCGUUCUCAGCGACGACACUAUCGAAAUCACCGAACUGCCCAUCAAGACAUGGACUCAAACAUACAAGGAAACGGUGCUUGAGCCUAUGCUCGAAUCCAGUGACAAAAAGUCGGCCAUGAUUAGUGAUUUCAAAGAGUAUCACACCGAUGUGACGGUUCGAUUCGUCGUGAAGCUACCUCAUGGAAAACUGAGAGACCUAGAAGCUGAAGGUCUGCACAAAGUGUUCAAAUUGCAGACAGUUCUGAACACAACCUCCAUGGUGCUGUUCGAUGCAGCGGGUUGUUUGAGGAAGUUCAAUACAGUAGAAGAGAUUUGCGCUGAGUUCUUUGAGACGAGGAAACAGAAAUAUAUCGCUAGGAAAGCAUUCAUGGAAGGCAUGUUGCGCGCGCAGUCGAAUCGUCUGAGUAAUCAGGCUCGUUUCAUCUUGGCGAAAAUCAAAGGGGAGAUUGUGAUGGAGAACAAGAAGAAAGCAAACAUCGUCGAGCAACUGAUCAAAAAAGGAUUUGACCCUGAUCCGGUAAAGAAAUGGAAGGAGCUUCAGAAGAAGAAGGAAUUGGAAGAAAGUGGCGAGUAUGAUAUGGAGGAAGAGGAAGAGGCCACUGAGGAAAGUGAAGGGGACAAGGAUGUAGAUACGAAGUUGUCUGACUACGACUACCUCGUUGGAAUGGCUUUGAUUAAACUAUCCGAAGAAGAGAAAAAUAAGUUGCUCAAAGAAAGCGAUGAUAAAAUGAAAGAACUGCGCGACCUGGAAGCGAAAACAUGGGCGGAUUUGUGGAAUGCUGAUCUGGACACCUUCAUCGAGGCGCUUGAUAAACAGGAAGCUAAGGAAAAGGCUGAUUUGGAGUCGAAUAUCAAGAACGCCGCGAAGAAAUUCGUGAAAGAGGAGAAACCCAGUAAAGGGGCGAAGAGGACAGCGGCAUUUGCAGCGGAAGUUUUCCCUUCAAAGGACGGUAUUCGUAUAGAGCCAAGUAUUGACAAAGCGUUGAAGGAAAAGUACGAUAAGAUAAAGGCAGCGGCAACGAAGGAGAAGAAACCGAAAGAGCCGAAGCCACCGAAAGAGCCGAAGAAACCGAAGGUUGAAGGAGAUGACAUUAAGAAGUUCAUCAAGACUGAGAAAAAGAGUCCAGAGAAAAAGAGUCCAAAGAAAAAGAGAGCCGAUACGUGGGAUUCUGAUGCAAGUUCUUCUGAUCUCAGUGAUGUUGAUGAUGCUGAAGAGAACCCCUUGUUCGAUGACGAAGAUGUCGAGGAAGUCAUACCUAAGAAAGAUCGCGCUUCUAGAGGACCUCCUAAACGUUACGCUGAAGAUGAUGAGGCUAUGAGCAACGGACACGCUGCCGGUGACGCUAACGGUGAUGUUGUGAUGUUAGACGAUGAUGAUGAGGUUUCGUCACCAGUGAAGGCUGAGCCAGUCAAGAAGUCUGCUCCAAAGAAGAAGCAGGUCGUUGAGAGUGAUGAAAGCUUUGGGGAAUCUCCUCCAACAAAGAAAACAUCAAAACCAUCAACUCCAGCUAAGAAACCACCGCCCAAGAAGAAAAAUCUCGCUGCUGGUGACGUAAGUGAUACCGAGCCGUCUUCUAAGAGCAAAAAGGCUUCCGAUGACUAUGAUGUUUUUGAAAUUCCUGAUGAUGACGAGGACGAGAAACCAGCGGCUAAAAAGAAGGCUCCAGCAAAGAAAACGGCUGCACCAGCCAAGAAGGCUCCGGCAAAAGCAAAGAAAGAGAAUGGUUCAACUGAUUCUCCCAAGAUGACGGACUUCUUUGGAAAAAAGAGUAAAAGCAAGAAGAAGGGUGGUGAUGAUUCGGAAUCGGAUGAUGAGGUUGUGAUAGAAGACUCACCCCCAGCUCCGAGGCAGACGAGUCGACGUGCCCGACCAGCAGCGAAGUACAAUUACGGUGGCACUGACGACGAAGAUGAAGAUGAUGACUUCCCAGCAAAGAAGAAGAGAAAGGUUAUCGACAGCGACAGCGAUUAA